AUGACCGCGUCGUCGUCCGAAUUGUCGUCCGAGUUGAAGCAUGUCGAUCCCGAACAAGAGCAGGACGCCUCCCUCACGGACGAAUGGGGACCCACCGUCCUUCACUCCACAAAAGCCCUCUUCGAAGUCGGCGACGUCUUCUUCUAUUCUGUCGUCAUUGCCAUCUUCUUUGGCUCCCUCCACACCUACGGCGAGCGAUUCUGGUCCCAUAUCCUCGCGACCUACUCAAAACCCGUCAUCAUCCUCGGCGGAUCCUUCAUCGUCUCCCAAGUCGGCUUCUGGUUCUGGGUCUCCCUCCUCGCCAUCCUCGACCUCUACCAAUUCCCAAAGUCAUUCUGGAGGUUUUAUAAGAGGAUUCACAAGCAGCACCAUCUCUUCACUGCGCCCAUUGGUAUCGCCGCGAUUUAUUGCCAUCCUUUGGAGCAUUUCAUGUGCAACUUGUCGCCUUUGUUGCUGGGACCUGUUGUCAUGAAGUCGCAUGUCUUGACCCUCUGGCUCUGGAUCACCAUCGGACAAACGAAUGCGAUCAACUCGCACUGUGGGUUCCAACUGCCAUUGUUCCCGUCGCCGUUGGGACAUGACUACCACCACGAGGUGUUCAAUAAGAACUAUGGUCCUGUGGGCGUGCUGGACUGGUUUCAUGGAACAGCAGGCACUCGCGAGAUGGCAGAGGAGAAAAAGCGGCUCCGUGCCGCUGCGGCUGCUGCAGCUGCUAAGAAGCAACAAGCAGAGCUCAAGCAGGAGUAG